CACGGUUGAUUUUGUUCGGGUCUGCGUCUGUCUGUCAGACGACAGUUUUGCAGAACAUGAAACGUCAGUAUCAUUGUUAAACAAUUAUUGGCGAUAAUACAAAAAUGUAAGGUUCGCUUGAAUUGAACGUAUUAUGUAAAAAUUGUCAUUCGAGUUAUCCUCCGGUCGCAGCAAGGGCUACCGCAUUCGUGGACUUUAAAGUUUAGGUGGAUCGAGAGGAAAGAUGUCGUACAGAUAUGCGUGCAGCCAUUUGACCACAGUAACGGACAUUCCAGUUGCUUAUUUAGUAAAUUCCAAUCAGAAAACUUGUGCAGAUUGCAACGCACCGGGGCCAAAUUUGUGGGUGUGCUUGUACAGCAAUUGCCUGAAAGUGAGAUGUUCGAGGAACAUGAACAAUCACAGUGUGAUGCAUAACACGGAGAAUCCCUCGCAUUGCAUACACAUGAAUCUGUCCACGCAGCGGGUUUGGUGCUACAAGUGUCAAAGUGAGGUGUUUAUUGAGAGCGUUCAACAGAGCAACCAGAACAGAGUGGUUGUCAAUUAUCAGGACAGCGACGAUCAGGAUGGAGAUGAUUGUCAGGUAGAUUCUAGGGACUCUGGUCACGGGAGUUAUUCAACAUUGCAAACCAAUACACCUGAACAUGUAAUUUUAGAAAAACCAGUGUAUUUGAGUGGACGAAUGUCUGCGGACACGUCAGAUUCUAGUGAUAAUGAGGAUAAGGAGGAUGAAUUGGAGGGUAAACCCGAUGGUUUAGUGGGUCUGCAGAAUAUAGGAAACACUUGUUACAUGAACGCCGCUCUUCAAGCGCUCAGUAAUACCACGCAGUUAACAAAUUUCUUUCUUGAAUGUCCGGCUGCCGUGCAUUUGCUGUCCGAAGAUCGAAAACCGGGGUUGAGUCGACAAUAUCAAGCGCUCAUCAGGGAUAUGUGGAUAAAGAAGAAUGGUGGAUACGUAACACCAUCAGGUAUUUUGUUUGGAAUACGGAGCGUCUUCGCAAUGUUCCGUGGAUAUCAUCAGCACGACACUCAGGAAUUCUUGAGGAACUUUAUGGAUCAGUUGCACGAAGAGCUGAAGCAGAUCUGUCCACCGGAAUGCACGUUGAACGAUGUUGAGAACGUUUGUCUCGUCGACGAGCCAACGUUGAGCAGCAAUUACGAAUCUAGCGAGGGCGAAUACGAGACGUGCGAUUCAGGUGUCAGCGAGAGAUCGAGUUUGAGCGAUGACACGGAGAGGCCCACGACAGCUAAGCGGAGACUUAGCCGAAGUAAAAGUCCGAGGCGCACUCGUGCCAGGAUGCACAGCAACUCGGUUAUUGAUUCUCAACCGAGUAUUUCCAAUGGUCAGGGUUCUUCGUCCAUCGGCAAGAGGCAAUUGAAAUACCGUUCGAUAAUCUCCGAUAUAUUCGAUGGGAAGCUGCUAUCGUCCGUGCAAUGUCUGACGUGCGAUCGGGUGUCGAGUCGUGUCGAAACGUUUCAAGAUCUGUCGCUUCCGAUUCCAUCCAGGGACCACCUGAUGGUAUUACACGGUAGGAAUAUUGUACCUGGUGUUACCUGUGCAGAAACUGUACUACCUAUUCAAGAUGGUUGGGUCACUUGGAUUAUGUCGUGGCUGAGAUCGUGGUUUUACGGACCGACGAUAACUCUGCACGAUUGCCUGGCAGCUUUCUUCAGUACCGACGAGUUGAAAGGCGACAAUAUGUACAGUUGCGAGCGAUGCAAUAAACUCCGGAACGGCUUGAAAUACAGCAAAGUGCUGCAAUUACCGGAAGUCCUGUGCAUUCAUUUGAAGCGUUUCCGGCACGAACUGAUGUACAGCAGCAAGAUUUCGCUGGUCGUCAGUUUUCCGCUCAAGGGUUUGGACAUGAGGCCGUACCUGCACAAGGAUUGCAUAUCGCAGGUCACUGUUUUCGAGCUGUUUUCGGUGAUUUGCCACCACGGGACGGCCGGCGGUGGGCAUUACACGUGCUACGCUUUGAAUAACCAUCAGUGGUACGAAUUUGAUGACCAGUGCGUCACCAGGGUUCACCCGGACGUGGUGCAGAAUUGCGAGGCGUACGUGUUGUUUUACCGGAAAGUCCGAACCUCUCAGCACGGUCUGAAAACUAAGAUCAAUGAGCUGGUGGAGGGUAACGAGGAAGCAACCGGAAUGGACGUUGCUUACGUGAGCAAGCAGUGGAUGAGCAGAUUCAACACGUGCGCGGAACCGGGCCCCAUCGACAACUCGGACUUUCUGUGCUCGCACAACGCGGUGAAUCCGCAGCGAUCUUUAGCUAUCGAGCAGUUGACCACUGCUAUUCCGAAGAAACUAUACGAUUACCUGUUUAAAAAGUACGGCGGAUGUGCUCCGAUCACCUCGAUACACCUGUGCGCCAUCUGUCAGGCGAUCCAGAGGCGAAUCACGCUCGAGAUGGAAACCCUCCGGCAGUUGAACAUCGAGUUCGAGAAUCAGGAAGAAGCACCGACGCAUCUGCUUUCCAGCACAUGGUACUCCCAAUGGAAUAACUUCGUCGAGAAGAAAACGCUUGAUCCCCCAGGUCCAAUCGAUCACACCACUAAGAGUACAACUGAGGGAGGUACGGAGGAAUACAUAGACAUCAACGAGGACAUUUGGAAUUUCUUUUACGGCAUUUACGGUGGAGGUCCGGAAUUGUUGAUCAAUCCUCCACAACAACAACCACUGCAACCGGCGCAGCCACAAUUUGCGAUGAACGAGGAUCCGUUAGAGACGAACGGUUUCUGCAAAGGCGAACCGAUGGACACGGAAGAACAAACAACGGUGGAGGAAAACAAAGAGGAACCAACCGAGAAUCCGGUGAAUCAUUCCAGCACUUCGAACACGACCCUGACGACAGACGAAGAGCCGAACGCGAGCAGCAAGGAGGAAUGCUCCAAUACCAAAGAUGUGCGCAGCAGCAACAACAGACACAGAAGGAGGAGGCGACGAGACAUAAAUUAAUUACUAUUUUUUAUUUUUUUAUUUAUAAUUCUUCAAUUUCUCCUUUACAUGUUUACGUGUUACUUCAUACUUUACUACUACUAUAUAUUCUUUCCGAGAAUCGUUGGUUGUAUAAAUAUUUUCAAGUAAAUUAAUAAACUCUAUUGAGAAAUGAAAGAGAAAAAAAAUUCAAAGUAAAAUUAAAAAAAAGAAAUAAUGAUAGUUAACAAAUCGAAAAUAUCGACGGAUCAACUAUUCUGUAUAAUUUAAACAAAACAAAAGAAAAUGUAAAUAAAUGUUAGCAAAUUUAUUAUAAAUGUAUGUGAAUCCUCGCAUCAAUCGCGUGACGAAAUUAUAUAUGUUUAUAAAUGUCGAU